AAAACGUCUUCCUCGAAAAUAAACUCCCAAUAAAAAUUACGGAUUUUAAAACCCUUUGUCAAGAAACUACGAAACCCUAGCCUCCAUCCUCCACCGCCAAGCUCCGACGCGCCGCCUCUCCUUCCCGGAUCUUUUCUCUUCUUUUUCAUCAAUGGCUUUCUUCACCGGCGGCGGCCGAUUCCGCGAGCUUCUUAGGAAGUACGGAAAAGUCGCAAUCGGAGUUCAUUUCUCAGUGUCGGCGGCUUCGAUCACUGGCCUCUAUGUAGCCAUCAAGAACAAUGUCGAUGUUGAAUCACUACUCGAUAAGUUACACAUGGAUGGAUUCUUUUCCAAAGAUCAGCCGCAAACAACUCCCUCCGAAAUCACAUCGUCCGUAGAUGACGGAUUUAUGAACGAAGAAAGGCCUGCGUCGGAAAUUCAAUCGACGAGGAAUCGUACCGCCGAACUUGCAGCGUCGACUGGCGGCGCGUUGGCUUUAGCCGUGCUUUGCAACAAGGCGUUGCUGCCUAUUCGGAUUCCGAUAACGAUUGCGCUAACGCCGCCGAUUGCGAGGCUGCUGGCGAGGCGAGGGAUUAUGAGAAGUGGUUAAGGAACUGAAUCAAUCUCAUUUCUUCUUCUUCAUCAUCAUCAUCAUCAUCUUUCUAGUAUGUUGGAUCGGGGAGUUAAGCUUCCAUAGAUUUGCUGCUUCUUGAGAUCAACAAAGUACUAUGAUCCAUUUUCUACUUUUCUUUCGAGAUUUUUUUUCAAGAAAGAUUUGUUGUUGUGUUGAUUUUAAGACACAUUUUGAGAAAGAUAUUUCUGUUCACAUUGUCAAAACUACUAAAUAAAUAAAAUCUCAACCUUUGUUAUUC